UAUCGCGAAAGAUCCGCAGGAUAUGCGCACUCAACCGGCCUCGAUACUGAGGGAGGUCGUGCCACGGGCCCAGGUGGCAUUUCUCCGAUGUACGCUCUUACCGAUGUACCGCACGACAACGACAACGACGGGAGCGCGGUAGACUGUUCAAUGUAGAUUCAUCCUUCCUGCUAGCCGAUACAACUACGAUCGAUUUCGUUUCACCUGUUAUUAUAUCUUGUCCUUGUUAACGAUGUUCUUGCCUUUGAAUAAACAGAUGGGAGUUGAUGUUUCCCAGCACAUUGUUUUCUCCAGAAUUCGAUUUCUACAUACUACACAAAUGACAAUGUAUCAUGCAAUAUCAGGUUCAGAAACACCCUGUGUCAGAAAUGAGUUCGCGUAACAAGCGGCAUAUGUCGAGUCUGAGUGGCUGUGCAACGCUAGUCCGUGAAGACAGCGCAGCAGAUGUCCGCUCCCCCAAAGAAAAGCGUGCUGACCAGGACCACUACAGGGCGGCCUUGGCCCAGCAAAUCGCUGUGCGAGAUCACGUGAACUACGAUGAGGCAGCGAGGAUGAUGAACCCCGUAUGGAGCCCAGAACGCAAAUAUGACGUUUGGUUGCGAGAUCGCACAGCAAACCGUACGAAUGUGGGCUUGCACGAGUGGGAACAGGACACGAAACACACAAAUUAUCUAGCAUCGUGGGCCCAGAAGCAAGAUCGGCCACAGAGCAGUGGCAGUCAUGGGGAUGUGAGGUACUUAGAAGUUAACGACCCCCUGAUGGCUUAUUUGUUCGCCCCCCCUGAACACGUUUUCAUCGUGAAAAUUUUCGCGUACGUUGAAGUUGAAGAUGAAGUUGGAGACUAGACUUGUUCUUAAAUUUGGGUUCCAACCAAGAAUAUCAACCGUAUAUUUUUGUUCUUCUUCUAUAAACACUCUUGCGAUGCCUUUGCUUUUCGUCUGACCUGCACCGUAAGAGAGUGAGAGUGCGAGAAAGACCCGGAUCCACCUUUGCUGCUUCAACUUCACCUUCUUGCACAAAAAAUCAGGGUAGUUGUGGCUUAGAAGCUCUGACAUCUCAUACUCAUAGUUUCAUACUCAUAGUGAUAGUUCUUCAUCUUGCUUCUUCGUCACUUCUGAUCAGGCGAAAGUUUUCUGUGCAACCGCCGGUGAGACGACCGUCAACCUCUGGCUCGAGUUCCCGAAGGUCGAGUAUGUGUGUGGAUUUUGUCGCCCGCAAUCGGAAACUUGCAGCUUCAUACGGCAAAGACAAGCGAGAAAGGCAGCUCGAAGCAGUUGCUGGGAACCUGGAC